CAAGUAAACUUCUGCCGUGACAUUGCGUGCCCGUAUCCUUUAUAUUUUCCUUGAUGAACUAUGAACUGCUGACUGUGCAGUUUAUUUGACCAGCGGUUAGAAUGAAGCAUGCGUAGUGAUAAUAUUCAACGUGGCUUUCCGGUCAUAGAUCUAAAUGAGUUGUAGUACGGUAGAUAGAGAUAACAAACAUAACGUAUAACCUUGGGAAAUGUUGCCUAUUACAGAUUAUCAAAAAAUCGGCAUUGGUGUGACAGGCUUUGGAGUAUUUUUUCUCUUUCUGGGAGUUUUGUUCUUUUUCGACAAAGGUCUUUUAGCUAUUGGAAAUAUACUAUUCAUUUCUGGAUUAGCACUGGUAAUUGGAUUAGAAAGAACUUUUAGAUUUUUCUUUCAAAAACACAAGCUCAAGGGAAGUUCUUGUUUUCUUGGUGGAGUUUUAGUUGUUCUCAUUGGUUGGCCUCUUAUAGGAAUGAUCAUAGAAAUUUAUGGAUUUAUACUUUUGUUUAGUGGCUUCUUUCCAGUUGUUAUAAACUUUUUAAGAAGAGUACCUGUCAUUGGGAAUAUACUCAACCUCCCAGGAAUUAGCAUGAUAGUGGGUAAAUUAGCAGGAGAUGGAAGCAACUCAAUGGUGUAAAUCACCGAGAUCUCAAUAUAUCCAGGCCAUUUUCUGGCAGAACUGCACUGGAAGAAACCCAUCUACUAUCAGAAGUGCUAUAUUAGGGAAAAUGAGUUUUGGACUUCAUAGCAACUUAAUUUGCUAAGUUCCCCAUCAGUUCUGUUUUGUGGCUCCUCUUCAUUUUGUAUCAUGGAAGGAAACAACUUUUUCCUGCAAAAUAGACCAUAAUAAAUAUUCCUGCACAUAUUGUA